ACAGUCGAAAAUCAAUCAAAAUGUCUGCGCCCAUUAAUCACAGUGUGUAGCAAGAUGAAGGGAAAGAAAAGCAAUAAACAUGAGGGAAAACCUGAUGGUAGGGUUGGAAGACUAGAUGAGUCCACAAUUGGGUAUUAUAGAAGAGUUUCGGAUACCCUAAAACAAGGUUUCGAAGAAGAAGAUGAAAAAAGUGUAUUCCUGAGAAAUGUAUUUAAUGAGUUGAAAGAACAUGAAUUGGAGAUUGCCCGGAACCAAACAGCCAGUCACAUUCUCGAAGACUUGCUGCAAUAUGCUGAUCCAACCCAAGUUGAAGAUUUCAUCCGAGGAAUAACAAAAGACAUUGAAACAGCUGUACAUGAUAGAUUUGCGUGUCACGUUGUACAGGCAUCACUCAGCAAAGCCGGCCUCUUCAUUCAAUCAGGUCAAAACAGUCCAUCAUUAUCAAAACUGAUCGUACAAAUAUCAAAAACCUUUCUUGAAUUCAUUGAAGAUGUCAUUAUCGAUACAUAUGCUAGUCACGUUUUGAAAACUAUCUUUGAGGUUUUAAGUGGCACAAAAGUGUUAGAAGAAGUUGCACGAAGUAGACUGUCCCGGUCACAACAGAAAGGAAAACUUACAACAGUUAUAAAAGAAGAUCAACAAGAAUUACCAGAAGAAUUUAUGGAACUAUUAAAUUCAUUCAUUACCAGAAUCAAGGAACUACCAAAUCUAUCAGAAUUACUUCUAAAUCCAAUUGCCAGCACAGUACUGGAAGCAUUACUGCUAGUAUUGAAGUCUAAGGAUGAUGGAAGGUGCCAGAAACUCUGUAAGCUUAUUCUCAAGAGGUGUAGUGCAGUACUACAGAAACCAGAGUCAUCUACACAAGACAGUAAACUUCCUCUUCUGAUGGUGGACACAAUUGGAAGCCACCUCCUGGAAGUUCUGAUUCAGGUUUCAUCUGAGAAAGCCUUUUGUAAGCUCUUUAAAGUGCAUUUCAGUGGGCAUCUGAUACCCAUAGCCCUUCAUCCAAUUGCCAACCAUGUUGUACAAACAGUCCUACAGAAAGUCAACACAGAAGAACAGUUGGUGGUAGUUUUUGAUGAGAUGCAUGGCCACUUUGAAGACCUCUUGGCUGUAAAUCAUGUGCAAGUUUUACAGCACCUUGCAGAUGCUUGUUUCAGGCUAAGCAGUAAACAGAAACAAUUCAUAGAAGCAUUACUAAUGGCAUUUCAUUGCUUUGACCCCAGAUCAAAGCAGAUUAGUUGUGUCCCACUUUUCUCCUCGUUAAAAACUCAUGAUAUUUACUAUGGCAAUGGUGAGGAUGGGAAUCAGAAGCCAGCCUCAAUAUCAUUCAACAUUCAAGGUUCACUACUGAUCCAGAAAAUGCUAAAAUUUAAGCAUUGCAAAACCAUCAUAGGCAGCUUCUUAGCAAUGACACCUGAUGACCUGAUUUCUAUGGCAUGUGACUCAUGUGGCAGCCAUAUUGUUGAUGCCUUUUUACAGUCUAAAGCUGUCGGUGAAAAGAAAAGGGAACGUUUCGUUGAAAAGCUCAAAGGGAAUUUUGUGAAACUAAGUUGUGAUAAAAAUGGCAGUCGGACAAUUGACACCAUCUGGAAGAUAGCAAACUUAAAAAUCCGAUUCAAUAUCAUUGAAGAACUGGCGCCAAAAGAUCGUAUUCUGCAAUCAGAUCGGUUUGGACGAUUCAUUUACAGGAAUCUUGCCAUUGAGCUAUUUAAGAAAAAGAAGAAUGAGUGGAAAGAACUACAAAAUGGGAACAUUCGGAAGCAAAGGAUGUUAGAGGAACUUAUAACGGAAACUCCUUCAAUAAAGGGAAAAGACAAAGAGGUCAAGAAGACAGAAGAGCUUCAGGAUUCUAAUGAUGAAGCUACACAAUCAAAAGAGGGAAUGGAAACUACUACAGCUGAUGAUCAAAUUGGACAGAUAUUUGAUGAGAUUUCAAAGAAAAAGAAAUCUAAACAUGCAGUGAUUCAAGAAGAAGAGGUUCCUGAACCCAAAAAGAAGAAAAAGAAAAAAUAACUUGAAGAGACACACUAUUGAAACAUACUGUUACUAAGUAAUCCAUGUAUUAUGUUAUUUCAAUUAAUACUCUACAAAGAGAAAUGAAGUAAAAUUGAUUUGAUAAUAAAAUAUUUCUUCAAAGA